AGAAAACCCACAAAAAUCCAACAAAACCGGCUCGCGUUGGCCGAGAUCAAGCUUCGAUUGGCAGUGUUUAAAGUAGAACCGACGGCUGCAGCCAGAAUUCACUUUUACCAAGUACCGAUCCACCUUCCCGGGGAUCACCCAGAGUUGCUUGACGCAGACGCAGUACUAUUUCAACCUCGUCUCAUCUUUUUAUCUUUGUACUCUUCACGUCUUCCUUCCUUUCAAACAAUCAUUCGAAGCAAACUUCAAUUCACCGAACGUCGACUUGCUAUCGAGAAGUGAAGAUGUCUACUGCGCACGACAACUUCGAAAAGGGCCUUGGCCUUUCGAACGCAGACGCAGAGUCGGGAUCUGACGGCAAAGUCACAAAUCAACAUAUUGAUCUUGUAGGAAAUGAAGCUGUGUCACAAAGGCCGACUCGAGUCUUCCAAGCACCUGAGCUGAUUCGGAGCAUGACGCCCAAAGAGAGAGAGACGGCGGAAAAGAGGUUGAGAAGAAAGAUCGAUUUGAGAUUGAUGCCGAUGAUAGUCCUCAUGUAUAUCAUGAAUUACCUGGACAGAAACAACAUCGCAGCUGCUAAACUCGCUGGUAUCCUCACCGAUCUGGACCUGAAAGGUGUUGAGUUUCAGACAUCAGUCUCGAUUCUCUUUGUUGGCUACCUUCUCAUGCAAGUCCCGUCGAACCUCUUCCUCAACAAAAUAGGCAAACCUGCAAUUUAUCUCCCCAGCUGUAUGGUCAUCUGGGGUAUUAUAUCUGGAGCCACUUCAGCGUGUCAGAACUAUGGUGGUCUCAUUGCCUGUCGAUUCAUGCUAGGUUUUGUCGAAGCAGCCUACUUCCCUGGCUGUCUUUACUACCUCUCUUGCUGGUACACCCGUAAAGAACUUGGUUUCCGCACUGCAAUCUUCUACUCCGGUGCUCUCAUCAGUGGAGCUUUCUCGGGACUCAUUGCAGCAGGAAUCCAAGCGCAUAUGGACGGCGCAAGAGGUCUCCGAGCAUGGCGCUGGCUGUUCAUCAUCGAAGGAGCAAUCACCGUCGUAGUAGCAAUGUUUUCCUUCCUCAUCCUGCCUAACUUUCCCAGAACGACCAGCUGGUUGACCGAAGAAGAACGACAGCUAGCCAUCUGGCGUCUGGAAGAAGAUAUUGGAGAGGAUGAUUGGAUCGAUGCUCAGCACCAGAGCUUCUUCCAGGGUGCCAAACUUGCAUUCUCGGAUAUCAAGACUUAUGUUUUGAUGUUCAUGCUCUUUGGAAUCGUCGCCAGCGGAACCGUCACUAACUUCUUCCCUACCGUUGUCAAAACACUAAACUACAACAACGUAGACACUCUUCUGCUUACAGCUCCACCCUACGUCCUAGCUGUUAUCACCACUUUCCUAAAUUCCUGGCACGCAGACCGAACAGGAGAACGCUUCUUCCACAUCGUCUGUCCUCUUUGCUUCGCCGUCUUGGCCUUCAUCCUCGCAGCCUGCACUACCAAAACCGGACCCCGCUACUUCGCCAUGAUGCUCAUGGUGCCCGGCGUGUAUACCGGUUACGUGGUCGCCUUGGCCUGGAUUUCAAACUCCCUUCCCAGACCACCUGCCAAACGAGCUGCGGCCUUAGCUUUCAUCAACGCUAUCUCGAACACGUGUAGUAUUUAUGCGAGUUAUAUGUACGAUGCGAGUGCUGGACCCCGAUACGUGACGGCGAUGAGUGUUAAUUGUGCGAUGGCGAUAAUGGCUAUGAUUGCGGCGGUCGUAUUGAGACUUAUUCUUGUGAGGCUGAACAAGAAGCUUGAUCAGGGAAUAUUUGUUGAGGGGGCUAUCAACAGUGGGACCACGGAGGCUGGCAAGAAGGGCUUUAGGUUUAGGAUCUGAACUGCAUCAUUUCGUUGGGCUUAUCUUUGGCCGGAUGAUUUCUUGGGGUUCAUAGAAAUUGAAUCUG